AUGGAUUCAAACUUACCAAAUAAUCAUCAUCGGUCGGGCUCUGAUUUUACCAAAGUAUUUCGUGAUUUCUUCGGUCGAUCAAAGAGAAGCAAAAUUGUACAAGGAGGACGGGAAAUGAGUACCUUAUCCAAAACAUUGAUUAUACCAAAUGAAGUAACUGACACAUUGGUUAGUGUCCCUACUCGUUCACAUAGUGAAGAUUUAUGUUUAUUUUCCGAAAGUCCACAUUACAUUGUUCGAAUCGCUGGAAGUGGAAAUGUGGAUGAAUUCGAACGAAUUCUUCGUGAAGAUCCAAGUAAAUUAAAAGUAGCAAAUCCAGCUGGUCUCUGCGCCGCUCAUACAGCAGCUGCUCGAGGUCGUGUGGCAAUUCUGAGUUUAAUCGCUCAGUACAAUGGAGAUUUAAAUAUUGAAGAUAAGGAUGGUUGGACACCUUUACAUCAUGCUGUCCGAAAUAACGCAUUGAAAUCAAUUGAAUUUCUUUUGGAUAAUGGAGUUGAUGACAGUCGUUUGACGAAACAAAACGAAGCAGCAAUUCAUCUUGCUGUUUUACAUAAUCAAUUGAAAGCUCUUGAAUUUCUCUUAUCCAAACGACCGGAUCUAGUUAAUCUUGGCGGUGAACGGGGCAAAGCACCACUUCACUAUGCUGCUCUGAUCGAUAAUGUUGAAGCCGCAAAGAUCCUCACUGACAACCAUGCUCGACUUUGUCAGAAAUGUGAUGCUGGAACUUACGCUAUACAUGUCGCUGCAUUGAAUAGUAGCAAUCGUGUGUUUCAUCAUUUAUUCCAAAUAGCGAAAUCUUUGGGAUACAAAACUGAAAAUUUGUUGAAUUUUUGCGACUCGGAAAACCAUCGACCAUUACAUUCAUCCGUGAUCGGUGGGUUUCGAAGACAACCUUCAUCUAACAGUAAUCAAAUGUUUUCUUUGAAUAAUUUAGGUGGAAAUAUCGAAGCGGUUGAGAUAUGCUUGAACAGUGGAGGACGAAUUGACGAUCAACAGGAUGACUUAUCGACACCAGUUCAUCUGGCAGCUUCACAAGGUUCGAUUGAAAUCCUCAAACUAAUGUUCAAUUCUCAAGCAGAUCUAAAAUUGAAAGUGAUGCGGAUGACUGACAUUCAAGGCAUGACACCACUACACAAGGCGGCAAUGGGUGAUCAUGUUGACGUCAUCGAAUACCUACUUGAAGCGGGAGCGGAUAUCGAUGCGCGGGAUGUGUCCAAACGCACGCCACUUUUGGUUGCUGCUUUGAAAUCAUCUGUACAAGCAGUUUGUUUUCUUCUGAAACAGAACGCUUCGUUAAUCUAUCGAGAUGAUACAGAUCGAAAUCUUUUGCACUUCGCAAUUAUACAAAAUUUACCGAUUGAAACCAUUGGCAGUAUCUUGUUCACACGUGAGAACUUUCGCACGUUAUUCGAUCAACGUGAUACUGAUGGAUUCUAUCCGAUUCAUUAUGCAUCGCGAGAAGGACAAGUAAAUGUUUUGACAACAUUGAUACAGCACGGAGCAGAAAUUAACAAAAAGACAAAUCAACGACAAUCAUCGCUCCAUUUCGCUGCUGAAUAUGGUCGAUACAACACAUGCCGUCAACUAUUAGAUACUCCCGGUUUUAAACGUAUUCUCAAUGAGCCUGAUAAGUUAGGUCAAACACCAUUACAUCUUUGUUGUCAGAAUGGUCAUACACGUGUUGUUCAGUUACUCUUACACAAAGGAGCACAGUUUACAAAGAGCUACGAAGGAAAUUCGCCGCUGCACGAAGCCGCAGCUCAUGGACACGUGUCGACGAUGAACGUUAUUUUACAAGCUCAUGCUCAUUUGAUCAAUGCAACUAACCGUCUAGGCAUGACGCCAUUGCAUUUAGCUGCUGCAGCUGGCUAUGUUGAUGGUGUUGAUCUACUGAUGACGAAAUCUGCACAGUUUCUAACAAAUACCGAUGGUGAAACAUUUCUCGAUUUGGCGAUUCAGAGAAAACAAAAAGAAGUUUGUUUGACAAUCAUCGCGCAUGAUCGAUGGAAAGAAGCACUGGAUUUGGAGAGUCGAAAAUAUCAAAAACCACUACUUGGUCUGAUUGAACAUCUACCUGAAUGUGCACCGAUUCUAUUCGAUCGAUGUAUAACUGAAAGUCAUGAUGAUCGAAAGCACAAAGAAUUUCACCUUAUCUACGAUUUUCACUAUAUCAAUUGGAUGGACACGAAAAACAUCGAUGGGAAAGAAUAUCGAUAUCCCAUGUUACCAUUGAAUAUGAUGGUCAAAUUUGGUCGUACUAAUCACUUGAGUCAUCCGUUAUGCGAAACGUUACUUCGUCAAAAAUGGCUUUCAUAUGGUUUUCCAAUCUAUAUGUUAAACUUGAGUUUCUAUCUUCUAUUUCUUUCACUUCUCUCCUAUUUUGUCAUCACAUUUCCUGCGUGCAACCAUUAUGAUACACCGGAGACAAAUCAUGCGAAACAUUUCUGUACGAAUUCCAUUUUCACAUCUUUUCGUAAAACAGCAUCUUUUCCCCAAAUCAUCAGUAUUUGGUACAUCGUGUUGUAUUGUUUCCUGAAUUUUAUUCUUGAGAUUAUCCAGCUCGUUCAAGAUGGUCGAGAGUAUUUCUAUGAUAUUGAAAAUUAUGUGCAGUGGACAUUGUAUGUUACUACAAGUAUAUUCACAAUUCCAUUCCUAUUCGAUCAGUCAUGGCACUUUCAAUGGGUAGCUGGUUCUAUUAGCAUAUUCACAGCUUAUUUGGCACUCUUAUUCUUACUUGGUCGAUUCGAUAUCUAUGGAAUCUACGUAAUUAUGUUUUUAGAAAUCAUGAAAACAUUGUUGCAUGUCUUGUCAUUGUUUUCGAUUCUAAUUUUCGGUUUCGCAUUGACAUUUUGUGUCAUAAGACCGUUCACUCAAGAUCUCGAUCCGUCGAAUCCUCAGCAUCUGCUCAUGAUCGUCAUUAAAACAGUAACCAUGAUGUUAGGCGAACUGGACUUUGAACGUUCAUAUUUCGAAAACACCCACGAUCAUCAUUUCAAUAUCAUCAAUUUGAUCAUUCUCCUUCUCUUUGCUAUUAUCAUGCCAAUUCUUCUCAUGAAUCUACUUGUUGGCUUGGCCAUUGGAGAUCUCAUGCAAAUUCAACAGAAUGCGCGAUUAAAACGUCUUGCUACACAAGUUCAACUUCAUACAAAUUUGGAAAAGAAAUUACCGCAAAAAUUACUUUGCCGUUGGACUAAAAAUGAAUUUAUUGUCUUUAUGAAUAAAAGCAUCUGUAAUCGCGCUUCGAAUAUGUUUAAACAGUGGAUUUCAAAACCUUUGAAUACAAAUGAUGUUCUACAAGCAAACGACGAGUGUGGCAAUGAGAGUGCAUUGUUUAUCGAAUUUUACAAACAAAAACGAAGACAAAAGGACAUGCAACGUCAACUGGAGAAAAUUACUGAUCUUGUACGACUAAUCGUUCAAAAGAUGGAAAUUCGAACCGAGAUCGAAGGUGAUGAUCGAACAACUGGUGGCAAACAUGAAAAUUUCCUCAAAGCGCAAAAAAUUCGUCAGACGAUCAAUGUAGCACGUCGAUUCUCUCGCGUACGCUCAUCCAACGGAAGCAUUCCACACAUAUUCGAACAAUCCGAAAAAGUCUAA